AGAUCGAAGCAGGCAAAAAAGAAAAGUGAAAAUCAAUUUAACAGGACAUCAUGAUACAAUUGUUUAUCUAUUGUAUGGUGAUAUUUCAAUUACAAACAUGUCACGCACUCCCGUGUUCACUGCCAAAUAGCUGUGACAGCUCACAUGGCUUGUGUGAACUUGUAGCAGGAAAUGAAGUGUGUAGUUGCCUUGCUGGUUUUACGCUGGAUACCGAUGAAGUUACAUGCAAUGAUGUUGAUGAAUGUGAGUUGGGUACCCAUGGCUGUGAGCAAGGAUGUACCAAUACUAUUGGAGGUGCGGACUGUUACUGCUUUGAGGGAUACGAGAUAUUAAGUUCACGUCUGCCCCAUCUAUGUAAAGAUGUAGACGAAUGUUUAAUAAAUAACGGUGGCUGUGAACAAGUAUGUACGAACAGUGAUGGCAGUUUCACAUGUUCCUGUGAUGUGGGCUAUGAAUUGUGGGUUGAUGGUGUCCAAUGCGAUAUCAACGAGUGCCAAACCAAUAACGGUGGAUGUGAACAGUUAUGUUGGAAUAUAAUUAAUGGUUUUUACUGUGACUGUAACUCUGGCUUUGUGUUAAAUCCUGAUGGAUUCACGUGCGAAUCAGUGGGCAGUAGUACAACACCCACAAGUGUGAGCAGGUGUAAGAAGUAUCUGGUCAACCAACAAGAUGGUAUUACUUUGGACGACGCUAAUCUAGGGUGUGAGGCAAAUGGUGGAGUGUUAUUGAAGAUUCCCAGUGAAAGUUCUGCCAACUUUAUUAAUACUUUUAUAGUGAAUACUUAUAUUGGGCUCGAUCUUGAUAUGUUCUGGUACGAGCCGAGGUGCCCCGAUGCAAUUGACAACACCAAUAACGAUAAACGGGAUGGAUACAUUUGCAAACUGGUAGCCUAAUUGUAGGCGCACAGACAAAGUACUAUUCGUUAUAACGUUUCGGUUCUG